UAGCGAUUAAAUGUUAAAAUGGCUUGCCAUACCGCUACGGCAAGUGGAGAGCAGGAGCGAUUUGCUCAUCAAGCCAUACCACCAUGUCAGAGCAUAUGGCAAGCCGUUUUUCUUGAUUAUUUUGAAAGAUAUUACUGCUGUGUGUUUUUAUUUCUCUUCCUGAAGCAACACCCACAUCCUCUGCCAUAUCCCAGAGUUCAUUCCCACCACUCAACUGCCCCAGUACAAGAUGGGACCAUCCUUGUGGCUGAGAGUACCCAAGCUCAAAAUGUAGUUUCAGAUCAGGCUCUUCAAGAAUGGCGAGCAAUACGUGCCCAGCAAGACCAAGAAUGUAAUGAAACCUUGUUGGAGGACCAGGAAAAGGAGAUGAAGAAACUGGCUUAUCAGGCCUUUGAGGAAAAACGUCAAAAGGAAAUUAUCUCAGGUCAGCAAAAUGAUGGAGCUUAUGCCCUACACCAUGCAUCUCCUGAUCAGCCACUGCUGUCUGUGCCCUCCACCCAGCCUCCACUCUCUGUGCCCUCCACCCUGCCACUGCUGUCUCUGCCCUCCACCCAGCCACUGCUGUCUGUGCCCUCCUCCCAGCCACCACUCUCUGUGCCCUCCACCCUGCCACUGCUGUCUCUGCCCUCCACCCAGCCACUGCUGUCUGUGCCCUCCUCCCAGCCACCACUCUCUGUGCCCUCCACCCUGCCACUGCUGUCUCUGCCCUCCACCCAGCCACUGCUGUCUCUGCCCUCCUCCCAGCCACCACUCUCUGUGCCCUCCACCCAGCCACCACUCAACCUGUUCUCAUACACAACAGAAAUCCAAAUUCUUGAAGAUGGACCACUCACUCCUUCAUCUGCCCAGGAUCUAGACAUUAUUGUUGAUGAACAAGAGGAGCCAGUUUCACAAAGUCUGUCACCUGUAUCACAACAUCAACUGGGAGAACCUGUGGAUGAGACUGAUCUUCAGAACAUACUGAAAAAACUGGUCAGCAAAGUUGAUGAAAGCUUCUGUCCAACCAGCAACCAAAUAAAUGUAUGCAGGAAUAAUGUCUUGCUGUGUAGCCUGCGAGCAUUCAAACGUAGGAACUUCAACCCUGAAGCAAAAUUGGACGUUGUGUUUGUGGAUGAAGAUGGCAAUGGUGAAGGGGCAGUUGACGAAGGUGGGCCAACAAGAGAGUACCUAAGGCUGCUGAUGAGGGCCAUCCACCAGUCAAACAUCUUUGAGGGCCACGAGAAAGAUCGGCAGUUAUCUCUUGAUACUCAAGCUUUACAGACUAAUCUAUACACAUGGGUGGCAAAAAUGAUAGCUGUGUGUGUCGUUCAUGGAGGAGUUGGACCACAUUUCUUCUCUGAAAGGCUUUUCCAGCAGAUCUGUGGGAUACCAACAUCCCUCGCCAGUGUAGAUGAAGUUUGUGACCAUACCUUCAGGCAACAGUUAAUCAAAAUACAGGAAGCGACAACGGUCCAAGAGGCAAACAGUGCCAUUGCAGAGGCAGCAGACAGUCUCAGCAUUAUAGGUGCCUUGAGACAUGUCUCCAACCUGAAAGAGAAGGACUCCCUUGUCCAGUCUGCUGCAGACUUUUUUGUCAACGGAAGGAUGCAGACUGCCCUGGACCAGUUUGUCGAGGGGUUUAGAACCCUAGGAUUACUGGAGGAGCUUAGAGAGAAUCCAGCAGUGUUCCGCAGCAUGUUCGUCAGUGAGGAGAGGCCACUGCAGGCGAAGGACCUCUUCUCUCUAUUUGGAAUUGACUACUCUGUGCAGGGCAGCAACAAAAGAGCCAAAGAAAACAGCACAAUAUGCUAUUGGCGUGACUGGCUCAUUGAUAUCGAAGAAGGAGAAUGCAGUGCAAUCACACUUGAGAAGGUACUGGAGUUUACCUCUGGAGCCUCAACAGUGCCUCCACUCGGAUUUCCACACCGUCCACAAAUUCACUUCAUCCACGAAGCCAACAGAGUGUUUCCAGAGGCCAACACCUGCCUCAUAAUCCUCCGCUUGCCCAUACAUAGUGAUUAUGAGGACUUCAGCAAAUACAUGGAGGAGGGCAUUCUGCAGGCCCCUACUUUUGGUGUUGCGUGAACAGUCUCUGAAAGCAAUAGUUCACCUACAACAUGUGUCUAUGCAUUUAUGUUGUUCUUGCUACUGUUCCACUGUCACAUGUGACACAAAGAACUUAAUACUGGAAUACUGUUCCACCAAAUAAACUGUUGCUGUGCAGAGUUUUACAAUGUUUGUCAAAGUUUUAACUAUGAUUUCAAACAGGCAUUUUAUAAUGUUUACAAAAUUUACCAUGUUUACAUUCGGUACAACUCGUUGAGAGUUAAAUUAAGUGUAGAACUGAACCGAAAUAAAUGGAUUGUUUCAACCUAAA